UUUAUUUCGAGCGAAGAGGAUUUGCGUAUUUUUGAAAAAAACAAUGAAAGAAACAGUUAAAUUAGGGGUCCGUUGCAUCGAGACUAUUAUAUUUGGGGGGUGUUUUGCAAUGUUCCCUUCAUAAUUUGCUCACUCACUCCCGUUUUUAGGUGUUGCUUCUUAGAGAAGAGUAAAACCCGUGUUUUUCUCUUCUCCAACUCCGAGACUCCAAUCGUCCAAGAAAAGUAAGAGAAAGAAGAAACGACGACCGUUCCCUGAAAUGAUGAGAAGAGGGGCCCUCCUUCACUAGACCCAUCCACGACAAAUUCAGUGGACUUCAAGAUCCACUUCCAAACUCUCUCUGUAAUGGCUGAUUUCCUUUUUCUCUCUCUGUAACUGCAUUCUCUCUAUUGAAGUCUUUCCUUAAAGAUCUGUUCUCUCUGGCAUAACAAAACCCGAAUUCUUCAUCAUGGCUGAUAUGAACGGUGCAGAGCCUCUAGGGCAAAACCUCAUAAAACUCAUCAGCAAUGUCUGUUUCUCUCUUUUUGUAAUGUCGGUCCUCAUCUUCACAGUCAUUGCAAUCACAUACCAACCCCCGGACCCCUGGCUUGAAUCCACCAAAGCCAUCACCGCGGCUUUCUCUCGCUAUGAAAACGCUACAUUUCACCCUGAUGAUUCUGUCCUCAGUACUGGGGAAGAUUUGGUCGCAAUUUCUCCUGCUUCUUCACCCACUGAUCGCCCACUCACCUUUGAAAGUCUAGAACGAGAGGCCAGUGAUACGAUACAGCUCCUGAAUUUGACUGAGAGUUGCGAAGAUGCCUCUCUCCCCAUCAAUUGCUCAAACCCUAGUGUUCGUGUCACGAUCGAGAGGUUCAAUUUGAAGGUAUUUUCUGGUAUCAAUUUCUUUGAUUAUCAAACACCAGUUCGUGGCUCUAAGCCAGAUGAGUGUGAUGUAGCAUGGAGAUUUAGAUCGAAAAAGGAAAAAUCAUGGAGAAAAUAUAGGGAUUUUAGGAGGUUUAGGCUUAGAGUUCAGGAAAAUUGUAGAUUUGAAGUGGUUAAUGCUGGCAAAUGGCACUCCGGUGUCAAGGCCAAGCCGCCUUCACGUAUUAAUAAACCCUCGUCGAAAUCUCCUUCUGUGUUUGUUGUCGAUGAAGAGAAAUUUAAUGAUUCGAUCACGAAUCAGGCUGCGUUGUCUAUUAGAAAGGGCAAGUACCUCUACUAUUCGAGAGGUGGAGACUACUGUAAAGGGAUGAACCAUUUUCUAUGGAGCUUCCUUUGUGCUUUAGGAGAAGCCCAGUAUCUGAACAGGACCUUUGUCAUGGAUUUGAGCAUGUGUUUGGCUGCAAAUUACAACCCUAGCAACAAAGAUGAAGAGGGAAAGGAUUUCAGGUUUUACUUUGAUUUCGAUCAUAUGAAUGAUUCGGUUUCAAUUGUUGAAGAGGGGCAAUUCUUGAGAGAGUGGAAACAAUGGGAUCGAAAGCAUAAGAAGGACAAGAUCCCUGUGAGGACUGUGACUACUUAUAAAGUAUCCCCAAUGCAACUUAGAAAGGAUAAAAGCACAAUAAUUUGGAGGCAAUUUGAUACCCCUGAACCAGAGAAUUACUGGUAUAGAGUUUGUGAGGGUCAGGCUGCAAAGUAUAUUAAGAGGCCAUGGCACGCACUGUGGAAGUCAAAGAGGUUGAUGAAUAUAGUUUCAGAGAUUAGUGGGAGAAUGGAUUGGGACUUUGAUGCAGUUCAUGUUGUUAGAGGGGAAAAGGCAAUGAACAAAGAGUUAUGGCCCAAUCUUGAUAGUGAUACUUCCCCUGGCGCAAUCCUAGAGAAGGUUAUGCAGAUGAUUAAACCAAGGAGAAAGCUAUAUAUAGCUACCAAUGAGCCUUUCUAUAAUUAUUUUGAUAAAUUGAGGUCGAAAUAUGAGGUUCAUUUGCUUGAUGAUUACAAGGAUUUGUGGGGGAACAAGAGCGAGUGGUACAAUGAAACCAAGAUCUUGACUGGAGGGCAGCCUGUUGAGUUUGAUGGGUAUAUGAGAGUAGAAGUGGACACUGAGGUGUUAGUCAGGGCAAAGAAGCGUGUGGAGACAUUUAAUGAUUUGACAAAGGAUUGUAAGGAUGGGAUCAACACGUGUUGACGGAGGCUGUUGAGUGCAUGUUGAAGAUAGAGCUGCAGAUAAUUUCAUGCAUUUUUGAGGAUGUGCUAGGGGAGGUGUGUUUGUUGCAGAUAAUAGCUCUAAAGUUCCUUUUGAGGGUCAAUCUACAGCGUAUUACAUAGAAUGGGCAUUAGCUCCAUUUCACGAUAGACAUGGAGAGAACUGCUGACCUCUUUCUUUUCCUAAUGCACGGACUGCACUGCAACUCAGACCUAUCGUGUUGGCGAUUUUACCUUGAGAAAGAUGACACAUGAAUCCGAAUGUGCUUGCUCAUUAGAAUAUUCUCUUAAGACCCUUUGUAAUUGUUUUCAAUAUCUCUAGAUUCCUUUUUCUAUCUGAUGAUAGUAAUGUCUAGAACCUUCCCCUUUCUGACGUCGUCAUUGUAGUUGAAGGGAUCACUGUGAGAUGGAAGGACCUUGAGGUUAUUGUGGUAGAUGAUGAGGGCUCGCAUGAUGGAAGAAUUUCAUGUUUCUUAAUAGGGCUUGGUACUUUGAGGCAUGGGCUAAAACAUUUACCCUUUUUAUUUCUAUUAUGCCGAAAUAUUUGGGUUGGAGCACA